AUGGAAGACUCGUCGUUAUCACAGGAGGUGCACAUAGCCAGCGCCAAGACGAGCUUUCGUCGGUCGGUCAGACGGUUUCGGCGAUCAACCUAUCAGCCCGAGAUGGGGGAAGAUGGGCAACUGUUUGCGCAGGUACGGUCGGCCUUGGCUGAUACCCUACUCUGCUACGAUGAACCUCCUUCGUUACUAGUCCGGCCUAUCGACCGGCUCCCUGGCGAGCUUUACCUCCUCUUCUUUGACGGCGGGUCCCGCGGAAAUCCAGGUCCAGGUGGAGCCGGGUCUGUGAUUGUACGACUACACGUUCCGACUCACGCCGCAUGCGUUCUGUGGGUAUCAAGUAUGGCUUAUGCAUCUGCCGAUACCACUAACAAUGUCGCUGAAUAUUGGGGGCUCGUGCAUGGUCUUCGGCAAGCAAAGACAGGCGACUACUCACCCCUGCACGUCAUUGGGGAUAGUGCGCUUGUACUUUCUCAACUCCGAACACAACACCCUCCACGCAAGCCGCACUUGGUGCGUUUAUUCAACGAAGCACGUGCCAUCGCUAACGAUAUUGAUGUCGCCAGCUGGGGACAUCAAUACCGCACCUUCAACAAAAUGGCGGAUCGACUGGCAAAUAUCGCUAUGGACACGGGAUCUUCUAUACAAACGCACGCUAUCUCGAACCCAGGUCUGGUCCAGGAGGCUUCAAACUUCCUUGACACUGAUGUCAAUCAUUGGUUGGAGACCUCUCAAGCCGACCAUCAACUCGUCAUACAGGGCCCCGGGCUGACCUCGAGGAACCUGAUUAUCUCGAGACAGGAGUCUGCGCGUAGGCGCUCUGCUGUGCGAGGACUAGCGCUACCUAGUAUAUAA